UAGCAAAAAUAUAAAAAAGAAAAAAAGUCCGUUGCUUAUAGAACAGCAGAACUGCAGAAGGAUCUUGAAAUAAAAUUCUAAAUCUGCAGAUCUAACAAAAAUAAAAUCAGUAGAAAGGAAGAAUGGCAGCACCAGAUCACCUCUUCACUCUACGAAACAACUUCUACUUGGGAGCUUAUCAGGCUGCUAUCAACAGCAGCGACAUACCUAAUCUUUCUCCAGACGACGUCGUAGAGCGUGAUUGCAUUGUUUAUCGCUCUUACAUUGCCCUUGGGAGCUAUCAGUUGGUGAUCAAUGAGAUCGACGAUUCUGCGCCUACUCCUCUUCAAGCAGUGAAAUUGUUGGCUUUGUAUCUCUCUAGCCCUUUAAAUAAGGAGUCCACUAUUUCAAGUUUGAAAGGGUGGCUAGCUGAUUCAACCUAUGCAAAUAAUGCUACUUUGAGGCUGAUUGCUGGAACCAUAUUCAUGCACGAAGAAGACUAUAAUGAGGCUCUUAAACACACCAAUGCUGGAGGAACCAUGGAAUUGCAUGCUUUGAAUGUCCAAAUAUUCCUCAAGAUGCACAGGUCAGAUUUUGCAGAGAAACAGCUGAGGCACAUGCAGCAGAUCGAUGAGGAUCACACACUGACUCAACUUGCAAUGGCAUGGUUGAACCUGGCAGUUGGUGGUGCAAAGGUAAAGGAAGCAAAUCUCAUCUUCCAAGAUUUCUCCGAGAAGUAUCCUAUGACAAACUUGAUCUUGAAUGGGAAGGCAGUUUGUUUCAUGCACAUGGCAAACUUUGAUGAUGCUGAAACAUUGUUACUUGAAGCGCUAAACAAGGAUGCAAAGGAUCCAGAGACUUUAGCCAAUCUGAUAGUGUGCAGUCUACACCUCGGUAAACCCUCUUCACGCUAUCUCAGCCAAUUGAAACUUUCUCAUCCAGACCAUAUGCUUGUUAGACGCUCAUCAUCUGCUGAAGAGAAUUUCGAAAGAGCAGUCCAAUCAGUUGCUUGAUAUGGCAUUUAGUUUUUGGAGAACAGCAUUGUUUCACCUUGGUUACAGCUGUUCUCGUCCCGGUUGUGUAGACCUUACUACGAAUAUACAAUUUUUCAGGGGAAAGAGUAAUUGAUAUAUCAAAUGUUUGUACUGAUCUCA